AACAUGCUUAAUGCAUAUAUGGAGCGCACCAUUGAAUCUCUCGCUGAACUUCUUUCAUUUGUUUCUGUUUUUUACAAAACGACUGAUUCACAACUAUCUCAAGAGUUUGUUAGCCAAUCAGGAGGCGUCGAUUUCUGUCCUUCAAUAAACAAACAUCGAACAUUUCACGCCAGGGAAAUCCCAGAAAAUGGCAAACCAAUUCAAUCCCGCGUAGAGUCGUGUGUUGGAGUUUGAUCCCCUUCAUAUUCUGGGAGUGGAAACUAAAAAUCAUCCGCAAAGAUUUCGUAUUUGAUUUGAGAUUUAGAACACCUUUUCUACCGCAAACUAACUCACAGCGUGAGAAUGAAGGGAAUUCCUGAAAGCAAGUUAAUGGAAAUAGCUGACGACGUCGGAAACAGAGAUGCCAUGAAGAUAGGUUUAAGCGGAGGGCUGAGUCGACAUCAAGUCGAGAGUCUAGAUUCAGACUGCUACAAGGUUCUAACCAAAAUCAUGGCUAAUAUCACACCCAAAGAGCAGAAGAGAAAACUUCGUCAAAUACUGACUGACUGUAAUUAUACAGCAGCCGCGGACACACAUCUGCCUACACGUAAGAAGACUACCCCGAAAACCAAUCUGGCAAAGAAACGGGAACUGGACUCGCCUACUAUACCUACCGCGGACGCCACUCCAGCUAAAAAGAAACCAAGAGCAAAAUCCAAACUCGAAGCAGAGAAGAUGAAACUUAAACGGUUGAAAGCAGAUCAGGACGUUUUGCGUAAAAGGCAGAAGGAGAUAGAUAAAGAUAUUGACCAGAAUAGUAAGGAGUUAGAAAAGACUCAGAACGUUUUAAAGAAAUUGAUGGAGCAGGAAAUACAAGAUGAUAUGAAAAAAAUUGAGAAACGUAAAAAGGAGCUCGAUAAAUUGAGUUUACCUGGAGGAAGUACAUCUCAGAAGUCCACAUCCAAUACAAACUCAUAAUUUCCUUUAUACAUUUAUACUUGAUCCUGUAUUUCUAAAUAUUCCAUUAACUUCUGAUGCCUCACUUUCAGUAAUAAUGAUUGUAAUAAAUAAUUGUAAGUUUUGUUAUGACACUAUUACUAUUAGUUUUACACUUACAUAUAUAUGAAAUGAAUUGUCGUCAAAUUUAUCACACAUGACACAUCCACCCUACUGAUUUAUUUCAUUGAAUUUAUUCAUAGAAUUUUCCCCCGUUCCAACUCAACUAUAUUUCUUUUCUUUUUUCCACAUUGUAAUAACAGAUUAAACGACGAUAACAAAUGUUGUAAAUAGCUCUUACUUGAAUCUAAUGUGUUUCACAUGUUCCCACAUGCACCUCCCUGCUUCAAUUGCUUCGAUGUUUGUUUCUUUUUAAAUAUAUCUAAAUGUGUAUUGAUGACAUUUUAAUCUCUCGAAAGUCUCUGAAAACUUUUUGGCUCUAGGCAACUGCCUUCAUUUUAUAUGUUUAUCAUUCUGUAUUUGUUCUAGUAUUAGUAAGGAAACUGAAAUUGGGAGCGCUUUUUGCCAUUCGGGAAAAGUGUGUUAUAAAUAUUGGGUAUUGAUAAGAUGUAUUUUUAUUCAUUUCAUUUUUUUGUAAAUUGUAAACUAUCGACCGUUGAUGGGAGAGCCUUUAAUAUGAACUAGUGUCCUUUUGGCUUUUCCUGGUCAUGGGUCAAUGGGUCUUUUGAUGUUCGAAUAUUCAUGAUGACUCUGGAGAUGAAAAUAACUAUAUCUAGAUGAAUAAAGUUUAAAGUCAUAGAGCAAUAUGCUGAAAAUUUCAUCAGAAAUCUGAUAAGAAAGUUUAGUACAAGUUAAUUCAUUUUGUGUAAGUGCAUUUAUACCUUUUGUUCAAAUUUUGAUUUACACAAUUUCAAUUUUCAAUAAGUUCAAUAAAUGUACAUUAUUCAAUUACGACUCUAAAUUUAGAAACGCAAAUGAAAUACAUUGGUAUUCAAAAGUAUAAUCAAGUUUGUUUAUCUUGGCUUGCCGAACAUUGUAGUGUUGUUGUUCAAUUCAACACUCAGCAUGAAGGAGUGCAAUUUUGUGGUGGGGUUCACCAGCUUUAUAGCACAAAAUACCUGCAAUGUCGAAAUUUAUUUUAUCUUCAAUACGAAAAUUUUUAACCUUGAAAACUGGUUAGAUAAAGCCACAUUCAACCACAUUUAUACUUUUGAAUGUAUAUACGUGCAAAAUAUUUAGAUGUAAAUCGUAUUUUUAUGUAAAUUUGCAUUAUUAGUAUUCGGACUGCUACAUUGUUCAUGUGUGUAAUAGACUCAUAUUGAAUUGAAUUUUAAAAAUAGAGAAUUUACUGAAUUUGAAAAUUAAGAAAGAUUUCGUGAAAACACUUUCGUGCUCGCCAGUACGAAUAUUCUUGAAGGUGGGCUGAUCAUAUUACUUAGCGUUAAUUCUUUAACUUAGACUUGUUAUAUAUUCUUUAAAUCAUCUUCAUUCGUCGAAUAAGUAAUAAUAAUUAUGAUAUAUUGAUAUCUAUGAUAACAAUAAUAGUAAUGAUAAUAAUAGCAAUGGUACUUUCAUGAACACUUUGUUUCAUUGUUUUCGUCUCCUUACAAUGAGAUGCUGGAGAAUGAUUGAGCUUGACCAUGUUGGCAUUUCAUUCAUUUUGAAAGAUCGAAAGUUUAAAGGUCAAGUCCGCCCCAGAACAAUAUUGAUUUGAAUAAAAAGAAAAUAAUUAAAACAAGCACAACACUAAAAAAAAAUCAUCAAAAUGUAAAAUAAGAAAGUUAGGGCAUUUUAGAAUUUCGUUUUUUUUUCACAAAAUAAUUAUAAACUCAACUCAGUGACAGGGAGUGACAGAGUCGAUGAUGUCCCUCACUCACUACUGUAUAUUUUUUUAUCAUUGCUUGAAUUUUAUAUUUUGUUUCUUUUUUAACGAUGUGACAUUUAUUUAAAGACCGACUUGACUGAACCAUAAAAUGUUGAACAAUGAAAAUUCUACAUUUUCAGGGAAGAAAGAAAGAAUGUUUUAUAUGAUAAAUUACAAAAGAAGUAGUGAGUGGGUGACGUCAUCAGUCACCUCAUUUGCAUACUCAUCAAAAUGUGCAUAUAACAAUAGAGUGAAAUUAAGAAAAAAAAAUUCAAAAUGUUAUAACUUUCUUAUUUGACAUAUUUUAAUGAAAUUUCCAGUGUAAUGUUUGUUAGAUUUUUUCUCUUUUUAUUCAUGUCAACUUUUUUGGGGGUGGACUUGUCUUUUAAGACACUCAGAGAAAGAAUGAAUGUGCGGGUAUUAAAUAAAGCAUAGACUUAUAAUAGCACCGGACGCUCUUCCGUCGCGCGAGCUACCAGAGAAGAGGAGUAUCAAUUCAUAUACCGUGUGAGUAAAAAAAAAUGACACCCCCUUCCCCAAUCCCCGAUUGAAGAAUAAAAUAUAUCAUGAAGACAUAAUCAUUACGUAUGGCUGAAAAUGGUACCUUCUCCCAAUUAAUUUGAUGCCAUAUUUGUGAGAUAUGCACUCACCCUUCGAUAAUCAGUAGGCAUUCUUUGCAUUGGUGUCAAUUUUGAUUUGCGCCACAGAAGAGCACGGCUGCAAUUAAUGAAUCCAGAUGUUGGGGUCCGACCACUUGACCGAAAGUCCGCGAGGCUGAGGGUCCGCUAGACCGAGGGUCCGCGAGACCGAAGACCCGCGAGACCGAAGGCCCGCGAGACCGACUUUUUUCCCUUCAUCGGUUGCCGCGGUCGAGUGCUUUAAGACGCCUCGUUGCAGCGGCGUAACAGGUGCCUGUUAUCGGGAAGGGGGGCCAAAUAAUUCCCGGUAACUAAAUAGAAUCAGUAGCGUUGCUAGGAUUUCAUUUUAGGGGGCGGUGGUGAGCACGCGAAUCGCGCGAAACACGUACUGCGCGCACGAAACGUCUCUGGGGGGGGGUGCAGGGAGGGGAUGUUUCUGCUAUAAACUAACGAUGCCUUAUUUCACUGACUCUACUUAAUCAUUAACUCUACUCAUUUAACGUUUAUUUUUAUGGUAAUUCUGCUUCAUUAUCUUGUGCAUUUAAUGUUUAACAAGAAAACUGGAAAUAUUAUGGAAAUACAAACACCUGGAACAUUGAACCUUCAUUAUGGGCAAUCCUAUCUUAGCUUUUUUUUUUCAUUUAAACAGAAUAAUAAGAAGAACAAGAAGGUGAAAGAAAAGAACGUACAUUAAUACCUGUCCUCGGGAGAAUGGUCCUUCGGGGGAGUUUUCAUUGGGGAGUUAUCAUGGGGCAGUCGCCCUCCGGAGGAGUAGUCCUCUCGGGGAGUUCUACUAAAACCCGUUUUUUAUUGGUGUUGUUACUAUUUUUGUUAUCAUGAUAUCAGCAGCUGCAGCAGUAGUAGAAGGAGAAGUCGUAGUAGUAGUAGUUGUUGUUGUAGUAGUUGUAGUAGUCGUAUUCAUAUUCGUAGUAGUAGUAGUAGUAGCAGUAGUAGUAGUAGUAGUAGUAGUAGUAGUAUUAGCAGUUAUAUUAUUACCGUUGUUUUUAUCAUUAUAAUUAUUAUUAUUACUAUCAUUUAAAUUGUUAACAUUAUUUGGCAUUUUUGUUUUGCUUUGUUUUGUUUCAUUUUGUCUCCUUUGUUUUAUUCAUCACUUUAGUUUAUUCAAUUAAUUUUUAAAACCGACACUCCAAAUAAAUGGAUGAAUAU